GUGCCAGCUACUAAUGCAGUAGCCACUUCCACGUCGGCGCGGAGCUGCCCACAGCUACUUCCGCCUCGCCCUACGUAAGCACGCCACCGACGACCGCGCCCCGCUCGGCCAUACCCACCAGCACCAAGGCCAUGGGACUGUAGUCGCCUGCAGCUGCGACGCCGCCCGCCCCGUCCCGCGGUUUCGGAAGAUUCAUGUGCGUUCGCCGCUGCAAGUGGGAGCUCAUUGGCCGACUGGGUUUAUCCGGAUACCGAUAACCGCCGGCUUUUCUGACAGCAAGAUCCGGGCGACGCGACGAUGCUGGCCCUCAACAUGCGCCAGCUCAAGUACAAGACGCUGGCCGCGAUGGGCGUCGCCCAGUCGGUCGAGGACCCGUCCUUCGAGAUCCUCUGCGGCGCCUUCACGGCCAUGGAGGAGGCGCUGCCGCAUCUGCACCAUCAGGUGCUCACGGCCUUGUCGAGCUGCCACACGUUUUGCCACACGCUUGUCGCGACGUUCCAGCAGAUCAAGCCGUCAGGCAGCAGCUACUUUGCGACGCUGCACGCACUGCGCGAGCAAGCAGAGGCCAUGGAGCAGGCGGUGACGCUCACGGUGUUGGCGCCGCUGCAAGCGCUCAUGCAACGCUGCGCGUUCCUGCGUCUCCAGCUGCAACAGCGCGACCGGCUCGUCAUGGACUACGACCUCCUCAAGCUCGACGUCUCGCGCAUCCCCGACGACGCCAAGCUUGAGCGGCAGUACAAGCUCGAGCGCGCGUGGCAAGCAUACCAGACAUUUACCCGCCAGCGCAUGGACGACAUCCAGCAGCUUCAAGCCGACGAAGCGCAGAUCCGCGCCGAGAUCUUUGAGAUCAUGAAGCUGCACAUUGCCAAGUUCUUUUCGCAGGCGCAAAAGAAGCUAUGGGACAACUUGAGCAAUGCGACGCCCGACCUCCCAGCGUCACCACCACCGUCCUCGCCGCCAGCAGCAGCCACCGACAUGCCCGCGCUGCUGCUGCCGCCUGCGUCAGCAAACGCACUCAUUUCAGCUCCGCUGCUCAGCCCGUCUUCGCCGCGUCGCUACGCCGAGACGUCGUGGUUUCCGGGCUUUGUCCGCCGGUCGUGGUCGAUUACACCCGAUAAGGCGCCGACGCCGGCGCUGCCGAGCCCACCGCGACCCAAGCACCAAUCUAAACCUUUGGCGCUCGCUCCAAACGAGUGGCGCGGCAUUGAGAGCGCGCUCUGGGCGCUCGACGAGCAGGCCCACCCGCCGACGACGCGGUUCUCGAGCGCGACGCUGCCACGUCAUUUCCAAGACUCGGACGUGCUUGCGAUUGGCGCAUACCUUGACGUCGUGUCGCUGUGCCAGUUUGGCAUGGCCGCCAAGGGCUUCUACAACGGCAUCCUAUGCCGGCCAGCGCUGUGGCACCGCGCGGUGCGCGCCGGCGGCGUCCCGACGCACCUCCGCAGCCGCUUUUGGCUCUGGUACUUUCACACCCGGCACGGCCGGCUCCAUUCGCACCGGACAGACUACCAAGCACUCCUGCAGCGAGGCGCCUACAUGGUGCACCUCUCGCACGCGUCCGUCGAGACGCUGCCCGACUCGGACCCCGAUGCGCGGCUGGUGCACUGGUUUAGCGACAUUGACGUUGACGUGCGCCGGACGUGCUACAAGGACGUGCGUGGCGACGCGACGACCGAGUUUGCGGACGACGCAGUCUCGGACGACGUGGCCGCGCUCGUCGAAGCCGCGCGCGUUCAAACGACGCAUCAGCACAGUCCCCGGCACAGCGACAGCGCAAGGGUCGAGCGGGCGAUGGCCAUGGAAGCGCAGAUGCGCCGUCUUCUCCGCGCCUACGUGGUGCACAACCCUCGCAUUGGGUACUGCCAGGGCAUGAACUUUAUCAUUCGACUGCUGCUCGAGACCCCUUCCUCGGACGAAGCCAGUGUCUUUUGGACGUUUGUGGAGCUCAUUGAAGGUGCAAGCUCCCUGUACGAACCCGGGUUUCACGUGCUCCAGUCUCUCUUUACAAAGCUCGACGUGCUCAUCCGCGAGCAGCUGCCCGAGCUCCAUGUGCAUCUCGACCACCUCGGUGUCCAUGUGUCGAUGUUUGCUGCUCGGUGGUUCCUCACCCUCUUCUCGUCACUCGAGACAUUUGGCCCGAGCCUCGCGCUGCGCUUCCUCGAUCUCUAUUGCAUCGACCGGCACCGCGUCCUCUGCGGCCUCGCGCUCGUCGUCCUCGACGAACUCGAGCCCGUCAUUUUGGACGCCGACUUUGAAACGUGCUUGCGCAUCCUCCAGAGCCCGCGCAGCUACCUGCCCGAAGCGAACGAAUGCAAGCAGACGCAAAUGCUGCAACACGCGCUCGUGCUCAGCAUCACGCGCACGCUCCUCUCGCCCGAGACAAGGGCCUAGUCUAUGUAAUGUGAUCCUCGUUCGACCCUACCCCUACCCCUA